AUGAUGGCGUCGGCCGGCGCGUCACUGCCGCUUCAUGAUGCCAAGUCGACUGCGACGACCGUGCUGUCGGCCUUUCGCCCCGCGCGAACACAGAGAACGAAGACAAUCGCGCUAGCGAUCUUCGGAUUUUUAUGUCUUCUUCUUAUGCUACGUUCCUCUUCCAAGCGAGUCGGACCUGAUUUCUGGACACAAUUCCCUUCUCGUCCUCCUUUCCCCCAGCGCCCAGAAGAUGCCCGGGUCGUUCUUCCUCCAAGAACCGAUAUUGACCUGAACCAUACCCUCCCCCAUGACCUCGACAAGCCAAACCCCCGCCUCCAUGUCCUGGUCCCAGCCCUACAGGGCUCUCGCGGCGUUUGCCGAACCUUCACCUCAGCCAUGAUCCUUGGAUACCCACCUCCGACAAUGAUUGGAUACGGCACCGAGUCGCCCGGAGCGACUGAUGCUGAGCGCAUGGUGGAUAGGAUCACGCGCGCACGCAAUUACCUUCGCGACAGCGUUACCGUGCACGAUAAUGAUUUCGUGCUGAUGGUAGAUGGGCUGGACACGAUAUUCCAGCUGCCACCGCAAGUAUUGAUACAGCGGUUCCAGAGUAUCAUACGGAAGAACAACCAGAAGCUAGAGAGCAAAUUUGGGUUCGUGGAUGUGCCGGGAGAGAAGCCCGGUACUCCGUUCGAAAGGAUACCCAAAUACCAUCAACGGGUUCUCUUUGCUGCAAGCAAGACCUGCUUCCCUGGGUUGCGGGAUGACCCUGGGUGCGCGAGCGUGCCUGAAUCAUCACUGCCACCAGAUGUCUAUGGCUGGAAGACAGAUGACGAUGAAGAUACUUCCUACAAUCGGCCGAGAUGGCUGAACCCUGGAGCAGUCAUCGGACAAGCUGCCGAUCUGCGUUUGAUCUACGAUGAGGUCUUGCGGGAAAUUGGUCAACACCCAAACAAGACUGGAGACUACCAGGCCCUGACACGGCUUUACGGCCGACAGGAGGUGAUACGAGAGUUGGAGCGCAGGCGAACAGUCAAUGGGUUCAAAGAUUGGCUGUACCAAAUGGUUGGCAUUUCCGAUGCCUCAAAUAUCACCGGAAUUACUCUCCGGCUGCAGGCGGGCCAUCGUUACGAGUACGGCAUUGGCGUUGACUUCGAGUCUCAGCUUUUCUUCAACCAGAUGAUGUCCCGCAAGGAUGUGGAAUGGGUGAAGUUCAACAACAUCACCAAGAUGUCAAUGCUGCAAAUGCAGCAUGGUGUUCCGCGUGAGCACAGACUGCUCCUCCCGCAGGAUAUUGCCGCUCUCCCCAACCCGUUCAACCAGUCUCGAUUCGCAAAAGAGUCGACAAUGAGGCCAGUGUGGAAUGCAACACUGGACAAGCUCCCCAAUCCGAACAAUCAUUCCUGGCACAAUGUCCCAUUGAUGACGAACCCUCACUCAGCUUCUGUGCCUGUGCUGGCCCAUUUGAAUGGUGAUCCCAAGCUGCGUAAUGCGUGGUGGGAGAAUAUGUGGUUCUUCCCAUGGGGCCGUGCUCUCCUUCGAAGAUAUGUUCGCAAUGCGCACGGCUUUGAUGCAGCGCAGUCUUCUCUCCUUGGUGGCCAGGACUGGCUGGAGGUGCGCGGGGGUCGGGGUGGUUUAUGGACUGAUAAGGAGACCUGGAUCACUCUCGCCGAGGUUUGCAAUGGCCAAGAACGAGAUCUAUUUGAUGAUGGUCUUGGCCUGUGGUCAAAGGAAAUCGACGACCCAGAUGCUCCGGUCUACAAUCAAUACGGCAAUCUGAUUGGCGGCAAGGAAGAUCCCAAUAAAGAUCCCAAUCAAGAUGUCCCCGGGUUUUCUCCCGACUUUUCAUUCUAA